CGGGUGUUUGAUGAGUUUGGUUUCCUUCGAAUCCUUAAGCUCAUUUCCGUAAAAUGAAAGGCAUGUCUACACCUUUGGUUCUAAUGUACUACAUCUCUAUACAAAGCCUUGCCAUGGUCCAUUGUGGCUGGUUUAGUUCUGAAGAAAAAUCAAAAAGCUCAAUUAUUUUGUGGUGGACAUCAUUCACUGGAGAAACAGGGAACUGGAGGACGUGUGGAGAGCAAACAUGUUUCUUUACAGAAAACCGAACAUACCUGUCACAUUCCAAAACCAAGGCAAUUGUUUUUUACGGUAGCAGUUUUGCCCCUCUUGAUUUACCAAUACCACGUCAGCCCUGGCAUGACUGGGCUUUACUUCACGAAGAGUCUCCCAAAAACAAUCCGUCUUUUUGCUAUUAUCCUUUGAUUUCCCUCUUCAGUUACACAGCGACAUGGAGUAGGAAGUCAAGUUUUCCUUUGACACUCCUGAGCUUACCAAAAUUGAGUGAUCUUACAGACAAACACUAUUUUGUUUCUGUUGCUGACAAGAAUGCAAUCCUAGCUCGAGAGGGUCUUUCACCAGUGGUUUAUGUCCAAUCUUCUUGUGAUGCUCCCUCGGAUCGUGACUUGUAUGUUACAGCUCUCCAAAAGUUUAUCGACAUAGACUCUUACGGAAAAUGUCUAAACAACAAACGUCUCCCACCACAUCUAGAAAAUCCUGCUGAUGCAAUGAACGACAAAGAAUUUUUGCGACUUAUGGCCAAGUAUAAAUUCACUAUCGCUUUUGAAAAUGCGAUGGGUGAGGAUUACAUCACCGAAAAGCUAUGGCGUCCACUGUCACUUGGCUCAGUACCGAUUUAUUUGGGAUCUCCUUCAGUCCAAGAUUGGGCGCCGAAUAACAACUCAGUUCUUUCAGUGUGGAAUUUUACAUCGCCAGAAUCUUUAGCUGCCCAUUUGCACUAUUUGAAUAGGGAUGACGCAGCAUACAACAACAUGCUUGUCCACAAAACGCAGGGAACGAUAGAGAAUAGGAUUUUAACUGAUGCCAUGAAAAGUCGAACGUGGAGUGCAGGUGGCGAGGAUGAGGACUUUGAAAAAGAGAAUUUUGUUGAAUCGUUUGAAUGUUUUUUGUGUUCGGAAAUUUACCGCAAGCAAUCUGAAGAGGAUGCUGGGUUUUCUUCCCGACCCAAUUCUGUAGAUACUACACAUUAUAGUUGCUUGCCUCCAACUCAUCCCGUUACGGGAAAAGUCAAUCCUGAUAGCUGGUGGCUUGAACAUUGGAAUCACGCUCGUGCCGAAGCUAACGUCAUUGGACGUUUCGCUCAGCGUAAUCUCAAUUACACUUCCGACGAAUUCCAUCAGUCAGUUUUCCAGGAAAUCUCUAAUGUGACAUAACUGUCGCUAUUUUUUUUCGUAAAACCCUUUGAAGAUCUCAAUCUUCUUGAGUGUUAAUGUUUCCUUUUUUUCAGGAUUCUUU